UUUAUCUCUCUAGACUAAUUUAUUUGUUUUUCUCUGUCUCACUAGGCAUUUUAUCAAACAAUCAGCAUCCACGCCAUAGCCACCAAGAAUAAUAAUAAAAAGCAGCAAAAAAUUUGAAAAUCACUCAGUUUUUCUAAAAAAAAGGAACGGUUCAAAUGGCUGAGUUAACUCAGCAAGAGAUAGUUUACUCACCACGGUCGAUUCAAGUAUGGAGAACGCUAUGGAACUGGCUUGCUUUCUUCUUCCAGAUCUUUCUACAGAUCCUUAGAGCUUUAGGUCACCUUCCUCUUCUCUCUUCUUCUUCUUCUUCUUCUAGUAACACUUUUAAACCGUUACCGGUCAUCGAGUUGACUGAGACCGAAACCGAAACCGGAACCGAGACUGAGACCGAUCUUUCGGCUGCUACUCUCGAGAUCGCUUCUGGUCCCGUGUCUUCUCCUGUUGAUCAGCCUUUUAGAAAACUCACUGUAGUUCUGGACUUGGAUGAAACUCUAGUAUGUGCAUACGAGACGUCUAGUUUGCCAGCUGCUCUGCGUAAUCAAGCAACAGGAGCUGGAGUGAAGUGGUUUGAGCUGGAAUGUGUUUCUUCAGACAAGGAAUGUGAAGGAAAACCUAAGAUAAAUUAUGUCACGGUGUUUGAGCGUCCAGGGUUGGCUGAAUUCCUAAAGCAACUUAGUGAAUUUGCAGAUCUUGUUCUGUUUACCGCUGGCCUGGAAGGUUACGCUAAACCCCUGGUGGACAGAAUUGAUACAGAAAAUGUAUUUAGUCACCGCCUUUAUCGGCCUUCAACAAUUAGCACGCAAUAUCGAGAGCAUGUGAAGGAUCUCUCCUGCCUAUCAAAUGAUCCUUGCCGAAUUGUUAUAGUUGACAACAAUCCAUUUAGUUUCUUAUUGCAACCGAUGAAUGGAAUUCCAUGUGUUCCAUUUUCUGCAGGUCAACCACAUGAUACACAGCUUCUUGACGUUCUUCUUCCACUUUUAAAGCACCUGUCUAAGCAGAAAGAUGUCAGACCUGUGCUAUAUGAACGAUUCCACAUGCCCGAGUGGUUUCAAAAGCAGGGAAUCCCCGCUUCUAGUUUGACAUAGUUGGAUAAAGAUAGAUGCAAUGAAAGCCAUUGUUUUCUUUUGCUAUCGAACACAGUUAUCAUUCAAAGGCAGCAUUGUGUGUAGGAGACACAACUUUUUGUAUAGCAUUGAUUUAUAUGCUGGAGGCGUGGCUAAAAGCCAAAGUUCAUGCAAUCUCAGAAAAAGAACUGCUCUGCUGCUUUCAUUGGAAAAUAGGUACAAUAGUUAUUUCUGUAGAUUUGUUAAUACUUUGAUUCUCUAUUGUAAUUCUGUUUAUAUGCUUGCAUUGCUGUUGGUUGUUUUAUCAUGUAUCUUUCAGAGUUCUGUAUAUUGUACUUUAUCAAUGAUUAUUAUUAUUAGUUCACACA